GAACCACCUCCGCCAGCUGCAGCGAUGAAGGCAACAUGCCUCCCUACUAUGGAACCUUUCAAGGCGUCGCUAACUUCUAUCCUCCUCAGCCCUCGUCCUCCCAUAAUUCUUACCAAGGAUACACCCUCCUUCCCGUUUAUGCUGUUCUUGAGGGACACCCCAUAAGAGAACGCCGUCUUCCUUGCUGCGGACUUGGUCUGGGUUGGUGCAUGUUUAUACUGGGAUUCUUUCUUGGGGGCAUUCCCUGGUAUUUCGGAACUUUCUUGCUACUAUGUACGCGGGUGGAUUACCGAGAAAAGCCUGGAUUGAUUGCGUGCACAAUUGUUUCCCUCAUAAUUGUGAUAGCCAUUACCCUUGGCUCGAGUCAUCGACAUUUUGUUUGGUGGACAUGAAGCAUAAAUUUCACUGUACAGCAUGUUCUGCAAAACCUGUGGAACUUUUCUUCUUGUAAUUCAUACUCUUCAACUCAUGCGAAAGUUGCACUUAGCAAUUGGCUGCUGCGCCUGUAAAUUGCAACUCAAAAACAUUUUUCCAUGUUGACAAAGUUUGGAAUGAAAACAAAAACAAAUAUAUCCAAC